AUGGGCUACUGCACAGUCUGGAGGAAAUGGAUAUGGAGCUGCCUCUCAUCAGUUACAUACUCCUUCAACAUAAAUGGAGUACCAAAGGAGUUUGCUGAAGAUGAUAAAAGGAUGUCAGGGAUGAAGAUAAGCAGGAAUGGUCCAAGCUUGACCCAUUUAUUUUUUGCUGACGACUCACUGGUCUUCUGUAAAGCUGACAGAGAGGAAGCUAACGAACUCUGUCAAAUUCUUAGGAAGUAUGAGAAGGGAUCAGGCCAAGUUAUAAAUAUGGAAAAGUCCUCAGUUUUUUUCAGUAGCAAUGUGAGCCAUCAGAAUAAAGGGGAAAUAAGACGAAGCCUAGGCACAAUUCAGGUGGCUACUCAAGAAAAAUAUUUGGGACUACCUAUGGUGAUUACAAGAUCCAAACAACAAGUUUUUGGUUACAUAAAGGAUAGUAUUAGCAGAAGAAUGAAUAGCUGGAAGAACAGGUUGCUUAGCCAAGGGGGGAAGGAAGUAUUAUUGAAGUCAGUCUCUAUGGCGAUGCCAGUUUACACAAUGUCCUGCUUUAAACUCCCUAACAAACUGUGUAAAGAAGUGACAUCCAUCUUUGCUAAUUACUGGUGGGGAGAAUCUGAAGGAAGAAAUAAGUUGCAUUGGUGUUCAUGGGGGAGAUUGGCUAGAGAUAAAAAAGAGGGAGGCUUGGGCUUCAGGGAGUUGCAGAAUUUCAACAAAGCCUUGCUGGCUAAACAGGUAUGGAGGGUAAUUUCCAAACCAAACCUCUUAGUCAGUAAGGUCUUGAGGGCCAAGUAUUUUUAUAAGGAAUCAAUCUUUAAGUGUAAAAUCCCUAAGUGUGCUUCUUGGAUCUGGCAAAGCCUGAUGAAUGUGAGGGAUUUUGUGCGAAAAGGAACCAGAAGGAAGAUAGGUAAUGGCAAAGUAACAAAUAUCUGGGAGGAUAAUUGGAUCCCUGGAAAUAAGGAUGGGAAAGUCACCACUGCGAUGCCUCAGAGUUGCAAUAUCAGAAAGGUAGAAGAGCUGAUCAGUGGCUUUAGAUGGAGGAUACCAUUAGUGAGUCGGAUUUUCAACAGGAAGGAUGCGAAAGAAAUUCUUGAUAUUCCUAUCAGUAUUGCAGGAAGGGAGGACAGCAAUUAUUGGUUACAUAGUAGCAGUGGUACCUACACGGUCAAUUCAGGAUAUAAAGCUCUAUGUCAGGAAACAUCUCAACACAAGGGAAGGAGAGAUAAUGAGGCAGGAACAAGCUCAGCAAACUCUAAUGAAAAGCAAUGGAAGUGGCUGUGGAAGCUAAAGGUCAAAAGCAAGAUUAAACAUUUCAUUUGGAGGAGUCUAAAUGGCCUUUUACCAGUUAAUGACCUGGUGUUUAAAAGAAUACACCAGGGGGAUCCAAUUUGUGAUGGCUGUGGUGAACAGGAAGAGUCAAUUGAACAUUUGCUCUUUCAAUGUAGCAGAGCCCAAGAAGUGUGGAAGAUGGCCCCAAUUCAAUGGGAUGGAUUAACGGAACAGACAAGGAACAUAUUAGUAUGGUGGAAUUCUAUGCUGGAAGCAACAAACAGGAUAGAAGGAAGGGAACAUGUUGAGCUAACUGAAUGGCAAAAGCAAGCAUCAGCUUGGAGGGAGGAGAAAUCGACACCUGUGGAAGCUGAAAGAGACAGAGAGACUGCAGAAACAGAUGAGGGUGGAAGGGAUGAAAUGCAGAUCAGAUUAUCAACUCAUGUGCAAGAACAAACCAAUAGAGUUGGGACUGGGAUUAUAGCAACUAAUUCCAACCAUCAGUUGGUGUCUGCUUGGGCAUUGACUGAUAGGUACGCAGGAAGCCAUUUGCAGACAAGUGCGGAAGCUGUGAAGAUGGCCAUCAUAAAGGCUAGACAGCUGCAAUGGCAGAAAAUUACAGUCCAUCUCCUCAGCCCUCAGCUUUUGAAAAUGAUUACAAAUGGGUUGGCCAAAGAUAUCAAAAUGGCAACUUUGACUGAUGAUAUUAAUAGCUUCAGAGCUUUAUUCCAGAAAUGCUCCUUUUGUUUAGAUAGAAAUCUAGAUUCUAGAUGUGAAUGGAUUAGUGAUUAUGCUUUAGGCAUAUCUCAAGAUGAGAAAUGGAUCAAUCCUCAGUGUGUCUACCACAUUUGUAGAGAACUAGUUGAGCCUUUGCUCAUAUAA